ACGCAUGCGCAAACGUAUAAAUAGCCAGCGUGUCGAGUGCCAGUACAUCAUUCGUAGCAUUGCAUUUGAGCGAGUAACUACAAAUCGAGCUAAAAGUCUAAACUCUUGUUUUUUGUUUAACAUCGUUUACAUCUUAAAAUAUAAAAAAACAUGUCCUACACUGCACUGCUGAACACUUGCAAUGCCAGCGGUUUGGCCGAGCAACCUGUGAGCAAGCCAAACUACACGCCAGGCAAGGCGCUGAAGAAAGCUUACAAGCUAUUGCGCCGUGUUUUCAAACCAUCCACAACGGGCAAGCUAAUCAUUACUGCAGAGAAGCGAAUCACAGCGCAGGGGCAUUUGGAAGCUGCGGAGAAGCAGCACAGUCACAAAGCUGAAGCAUCAACCGAUCUCAACGAUAGCGUAUUGACCACAUGCUCAACACUCAGCGCUGAAGAGUAUGAGAAUGGCCUAAAUGAGUUGGCUGAGCUGGAGUCGGCAGAAAGCGAGGCGAUUUCGGCUGAGUAGUGGCAUCGGAAUAUGCACUUCAUCAUCUUCGUGGUCUUAAUGGAUGCUACGCGCAUCCUACUGGCAAGCCGCUAGUGCCUUGAAGGACCUGGUUCGUCCUUAAACCGUACCACUUACACUGCUACGAGUUACGCUUUACAUUGUCACAGCUUUAAUAGUUUGUACAGACGUGCGUGCGUACGCGUGUGAUGCAGUCGAACUGCCAACCAUCGAUCGUCGAUGCGAUUUAAAGCCCUUAAUUGAUCUACGUUUGUGGACUGGCCUGCGACAAAGCAUCGAUGAUUUUAAGAAAGCUUUAAUUUUGUUUAUAAAUCACUGUCUUCCAUUUAGCUUUUAAGUUGAUAAAAAUCAUAUUUUAUAUGCAUACAUAUAUAUUUCCUUGAGCUCUUUUGAAUAAAGUUUUAUGCGUGAAAUUAGAAAAACUUUCCACUUUUCAUCUUAAA